UCCCUUCCGAUCAGUCACGCGUAGUAAGUUUCGAUUGAAGUGUUCUGUUAAAAAAAUGAAGUGUCUAGUACUGAUUUCGCUGUUGGCCGUUGGUUCUCAGGCCUUCUUCACCCCGGAGCAACAUGAAGUGGCCAAGAGGCUGACGAUGGCCUGCGCAACCGAAAUCGGCGAAGGACUGCCGGAUAAUGUGGGAAACCGAUUCCGGGAGGGUGAUCUUACGCUGACCGAUGACAAGAGCAAGUGUUUCAUGAAGUGCGUGUUCGGUAAGGUAGGCUUUAUCGACGAUGCCGGAACGGUAAACAAGGAAGUUCUAGUGGAAAAGCUGAGCAAAGGAAAUACCCAGGCUAAGGCGGAAAUGUUUGCUGAGAAGUGCAAUAUGUUCGAGGGAGCCAACGGAUGUGAAAAAGCUCAUGGGCUUUUCGAGUGUUACUGGAAGAAUAAGGAGAUCUUUGCGUGAGCAUCGCACCGGAAUACGUGAAAUUGUGAAACGGGUUGUUGUUGAUUGUAACCAUUGGCAGUAUUACGAAUGACGAAUAAAGUGAUUUAUGAGAGUGAUAUCUCGCAGUUAA